AGCCAUUUACAUUCGUUUUAGCGUGUUUUUUCAUCCAAAAAAGUCAGAUCUCAUCUGAAUUUCAGAUCACGCAAGCUAUUUGAACCGCGAGAGACACGGGAACGAGCUAGCACAAAUAUGGUAAGGGCUAAAUGGCGUUACCCGGUGUGGUUCCGAGAAGUUCCCAAAACAAAACGAUCCAAGAUGGCGGGCACAGCUGGGAAGUUGGGCUCCAGCCGACUUGUUAGAAGUACUUCUAGUCAGAAAUCCAGAGAAUAUAGAGACUCUAGCGAUAGCGAAGAUGAUGAGCUCUUUGAUGGUGAAAAACUGAAGACAAGGUUGAUGUCGAUGUGGAAUAAUAUGCGACAUGGGUUUGUUGUGCCCUUUAAAGCACAUUUCAAUGAGGAUUCACCAAUAUGGCUUUUAGGAAGGUGUUAUCAUGCUAGGAAUCACGAAUUCAGUGGUGUGCAAUCUUCUGACAAGAGUAAGGUUUUGAGUAUGGAUGAAUUUCAAAGAGACUUUAAUUCUUUAAUCUGGUUGACAUAUCGGCGAGAAAUUCCCCAACUUGGAGACUCCGCAUUGACAACUGACUGUGGCUGGGGUUGUAUGCUGAGAAGUGGGCAAAUGAUGAUAGCAACAGGCUUGGUUUAUCAUUUUCUCAAGAGAGACUGGAGGACAAAGGGAAGAUGUCACAGCAGAGAACAAGAACAUUUCUACAAAACAAUUCUUAGAUUCUUUGGCGAUCUCGAAGAUGAAGAGCGCUGUCCAUUCUCUCUCCAUCGCCUUGUUUCUAUUGGUAAACAGACAGGGAAGCAAGCAGGGGACUGGUACGGUCCUGCAUCAGUAGCACAUAUUCUAAAGCUUGCCAUGGCAGGUGGGACACACCUUUUACUUCACGACAUAAAUGUUUAUGUGGCUCAAGAUUGUACAGUUUAUACCGAUGAGGUAGAACGGCUUUGUACAAGCUGUAGAACACACAGCUGGAACUGUUCCAAAGGGAGGUGGCAAUCUGUUAUCAUUUUAGUUCCUGUUCGACUUGGCGGUGAAGCGCUAAAUCCCAUUUAUAUUCCUUGUGUUAAGUCCCUUUUUACGUUAGAUCAUUGUAUUGGAAUCAUUGGUGGAAGGCCUAGACAUUCACUUUAUUUUGUUGGUUUCCAAGAUGAUAAAAUGGUUUGUUUAGAUCCUCAUUAUUGUCAGGCAGCGGUGGAUAUGUCAAAGGAUGAUUUUCCAACACAGUCAUUCCACAGCAUUCAGCCACGUACUAUGUCAUUCAAAAAGAUGGAUCCCUCAUGUACUAUAGGUUUUUAUUGUGAUUCCAAGGCUGAUUUUGAGCGCUUCCGACAGCAGACAACAGAAGUUUUACGGCCACCGAUGCAGCGAGGUGACUAUCCCAUGUUUAUUUUCGCAUCUCAUCGUAAACCGCUAGCGUCUGAUGAUUUGGUUCGCAGUGCAGACCUGUCCGAGAGCCUUCUAGAGAGCACGGGAACAGAACCCGAGCCUGAAAUACCACAAAACAGUGUUGCAAGUGUAUCAGCGAUAAGCUGUAGCCAUCCUCCAGAGGAGUAUGUUGUUCUUUGACCAGUACUCCCGUGGAGGGUGGGGAAAGGAGUUUUUAAGAAAAGUCAGAAAAUGGUGGUACAUGAAUACCUGAGAGAAGUUAGUGAAUGUUCCGCGAGAAUUAUGCCGAUCAAUCGAAUGUGAAAUCUGAUUCAACAUUGUUGACACGAUAAAGGGUUACUACACAAUCAAAUUCUCGCAGCAGUACUGUAGGAGAAUCUUUUUUUACAAUAUUUACCUCAUUAACAUAAGCAAUACAGUUUCUGACGGAGCUACAAAAACGUUGUAAACGGUUAACUGUCUCAAGGAAUUUGAGCGCGAUGUACUGAAUGCUUUUUAUGCAACGCAGGUUUAAAAACUCAAAAUUUUACAAAGAAUGUAUGAGCUCAUUAACGCAUUUGCAAGCCAGAGAUUUUGCAGAUUUGACAGCCAAUUUCUCCUCGAAUAUUAUAGGCAAAGAGCCAAAACGUUCACCAAUUACUAAGUUUUACAAGCUCUUUAAAUGUUUGUAGUCAAUUCGUGUCUAGCGUGAUGCCUUCUCUGCGCAAAGUCGUAUGUUAAUGUGGAAAAAUUUAUUAAACAAUGACGUCAGCAAAGAUUCUCCUAUAAGAAAUCUGUGCAGAGCACUAAGGAGAAAACUUUUUCUGUCCUACUGCUGAUUACGUUAAGAUAAUUAAUUUUAUUUUCUUCAUAAUUAUGUGCCACUUGUGUUCUAUGAAGAUUUCUUAUUCCAUUCCUUUCGAGAUGGCAGUAUAAAUUAAAGUGUACAGUGUAUAUUGAGAUUUUUAUGAAAAAUUAUGAUAAUUGGCCAUUGGUCGUUUGUUCAUAGGUACAAAGCACUGAAUUUUUUUAAUUAUUUGCACAAUAAUGAAUUAUUGUACGUUUGGUGUAAUCUCCAGUUCUACAGCCGUUACCAUAUUUCGAAUGUCACGCAAUUCUUAACGUUGUGUGCAUGUCAACUCGAAUUCGUCAUGUCACGCAACGCAGAGUUUCUGGAAAAAGACAAAAUAAAAACAAAACUGCGUUUUUCAAUUACCAAACGAAAGAAAGAGAUGUGAAUAGACUGAAACAUUUGAAAGUAUGUGAGAUGUGUAAAGAAAGGGAAAAAAAGAAUGGAUAUAUUUUUAUUAAUAAAAUUCUUGAUGCAAACAGGUUUUUAUUCAAUGAAUUAUGAACAGUACUUUAGGCUACAAUAUUACAGGUUGAUUCGAAACGUUUUGUGAUAUUAUGAAACCACGAGUCAAAGAUUUAUUAGGACGUGGACGGUAAAGGCAGGGACAAACGCUCUUAAAACAGAGCGAUAUGCACAUUGUACAAUCACAGGCACCCAAAUUCUCUCAGUGAGUCUGCUAUGUGGUGUGUGUGUUGUGUACAUCCCUUUCCCGUUAGCAAGAGAACAUGAAGAGUGAGAGAGUUAAUCCCCAACAUAAGCCUUAUUCCCAAGGUAAUCCCGCUCAAGUUAUUUUUAGAUCUGGUAUCCAGUCCUCCCGCGGAUAACGAUGUUACCACGCGUUGUAAGUAAGUAAGUAAGUAAGUAACCUUUAUUUAAACACGAUAAGUAAUUAAGCAUGCAGCUU